AUGCCGUGCAGUGAAGAUGAUGACUCCCAGACCGGGUUCCUGUCUGAACCUACACAAGGGAUGUCGAAGGCCGAACUCCGUAAGACAAACAAGCCGAUUAUGGAGAAGAAGCGACGUGCGCGCAUCAACCACUGUCUCAAUGAACUUAAAGAGCUCCUGACAGACUCUAUGGAUAAAGACCCAGCACGUCACUCCAAAUUAGAAAAAGCUGAUAUCCUCGAGAUGACCGUGAAACACCUGCAGACGUUGCAGCGCCAGCAGUUAGCCGCAGCAAUAGCAGCCGACCCAGCCGUGUUGCAACGCUUCAAGUCCGGCUUCGGCGACUGCGCUGUUGAAGUCGGAAGAUACCUCUCUCGACUUGCUAGCGUACCAACUGGAUUGAGAUAUCGAUUAGGGAACCACUUGAAUACAUGCCUCUCUGAUAUUGAACGACUUCAUCCGGCCGACUAUCCACCUCUAAUACCUGACCCUCUUAGACUGGACGGCGAAAGACCAAGCGCGUUUCAUUACGUGAAAUCCACCAAGCCUACUAGCCCACCGUUAAGUCCAUUAUCAUGUGACUCUGCUUGUGAUUCGUCUACAGAACUAGAAACACCACCUCGACCGGUACAAACCUUUCCGUUCCCCACGCCACCGAGCAGAUCUGCAUCCGAUCAGGAUUCGAGUCCUGAACAGAAGUCUAUAGUAUCUUCCACAACGAUAUCCCCUGAAAGUCUCCAGCAAGAAUCUCUGAAAACUAAAAAGGUUAUGGAGCCAUUGUCCAUUGUUAUAGACGUCGAAAAUUAUAAAAUCGGUAUAGAUGCGUCUCCCAAAAGAGCAGUAGACUACUCUUUGAGGCAGAAACUAAAAAGACCGUCUGACACAAUAGGUCCCGUUCCAAAGUUAAUACGGUUAGAACCGGAGCGGAGGAUUUUAAGCCCCGGAAAAGUACAAAGUGUGGAAAGUAGAGUAAUUUUAAACAGAUCCAACAAUGUAUCAGCAUUCAGAAGAAUACCGGAAAAAACACCAACUGUUCCCGAAAGGAAACUAACAGUACCUGACAGCAUACCAGCUGUGAUCGAAAUACCAUCAUUUGAAAGAUUAAAUCAGUUACAAAGAUCUGUCAUUAGUCAUACCGCGGAAUCGUUGGCUCAGUCGAGUACGUCAAAAAUUAAUCAACAGGAGAGUAAAGAGAAAACUGAAUCGAGUACUAGUUCCAAAUCGCCUGUGCAAGGCACAUCAAGUAGUACAGAAAUGUGGAGGCCGUGGUGA